AGAACCGCCUUCAGUCGUUGUCCGACUAUGGACAACUUUGGUUAUCGCGAAAUGGGGUGGCCUGCACCUCUUCAGACUCCGACACCAUCAACGAACAGAUCCCGAAUUACGAGGAGCAUUAGUACACGAUCUCGGGAACCGGAAGAAUACCCUCUCAAAGGCUCCUUCAAACAUGUUCGUAACAUCGAUUUACUCGAAGCUGCCUCGGAGCCUGGAAAAGCUAAGGAAUAUUUGUUCGUCGGACCCUCACCUCCAGCUGAAGAUGGCUCCAAUAUGUACCAUAGUUUCGAUAUUAUGGCGCCAGAUCCAGAAGCUAGGCUCACUGAAGAUAUGAUAAGGAAAUCUUUAUGUGAAAAAGCAUUAACAUUAGGUGCUGGCAGAUUUUUUGAUGACGUUGAAUGUGGCUUAAUUACCGCAGAUAAUAUUGAAGAACAUAUUUGCUCCGCUCCAGAAGUUGUUGUUAACUUGACUCUGUUAUGGGCAGCUUUGCUCACUCGUGACGAAUUGUUACCAGCGAUCAUAGAUUCAGGUGCAGACAUACAUUAUUCCGAGCCAGUUGGAUUAACAGCGCUUCAUAUAGCCGCCUUUAGUGGUGCGAGCAGAUCGGUUGCGUACUUAUUAUCGAUUGGGGCUGAUAUCGAUUAUGCUCCAAAAUACUUUGCUCCGCUUCAUUGUGCUGCCUUUGGGAAUUCUCUGGAAGUAGCUGAAGUUCUUAUUGCUCAUGGAGCUUCUUUACAUGGAGUGGUACAACGAGCUGGAUGUGAAGAUAACCUCGUUCACUGUGCAGUGAGAAAUGACGCUCUAGAAUGUAUGGAAUUGUUUAUCGAAAAAGGUGUCGAUCCAGGAUACAGCACUUCAGGAGGUCUCAAUGCGUUACAUUUGGCCGCAGAACUAGGUGCUCAAAGAUGUCUCGCGUUUUUAUUGAAGGAAACUAAAUUAAGUGUUAAGGGAUUGACAAAACAAAGAGAUAAAGAAUGCACUGCAUUACAUUUGGCGGCGUCAAGAGGCUACGCAGAAUGUGUGGAACUAUUACUUUCAGAAGGCGCUCAAGCCAACAUAAGGAAUUACAGAGGUUUUACUGCACUUCAUCUUGCCGCCAGAUGCUCGAGCUUAGAAUGUGUCGAAGUACUUUUGCGCGAUGGAAAUGCGGAUGCCAAUGCUGAAGAUCACGAUAAGAGAACGCCUCUACACGCGGCUAUAUGUAAUACUGAGCGUGCUUGUGAAAUAAUUGACAUGCUUGUAAGUUGGGGAGCACAAGUAAAUAAAAAGGAUGAGUACGGCUACUCUCCGCUGCAUCUUGCUGCUAUGGAUGGCCUGGCACAAUGUGUUGAAACGUUAAUUUUUUUAGGAGCAGAUGUUACAUCUAAAUCUAAAAAAGGUCAUACAGCCUUAAGUGUAAUAGUCAGAAAGACUCCGAAAUCUAUGACCAUUUUAAGACACAAUUUGGAUAAUGGAAUUUCAUUGAGUCGCUCAACUGAAGGUAAUGAGGAGGUGCAAAUCGAGUUUGACUUUGGUAAGUUACUAAAAUACUCUUACCCUCGUGAAAUAACAUAUUUAAACAGUUUGAUAGAUGAAGGUCAAAAAGACAUUUUACAACAUCCAUUAUGUUCAGCAUUCCUUUUUAUGAAAUGGCGUAAGAUAAGAAAAUUUUAUUUGGCCAGGCUAAUCUUCUGCUUCUUGUUUGUGUCAUUCUUAUCUAUCUACGUGCUAACAGCAGUUGUUAAAACAUGUAAAGGUAAAAAUUCCAUGAAAUAUGGUGUACCAAACGAACUAUGUCAACAUCAAUCACUACUUGGUGAUAUUCUAGAAGAAAAUCCUAUUGAAUUUGAAAGAUGGGUAUUAAUAGCGAUAACAGCAUUUGAAAUCGUUCGUAAACUGACAGGUAUAACUGGCUAUUCAAGUCUGUAUCAAUAUUUUACAAGUUUUGAAAACCUAAUGGAAUGGUUCGUUCUACUUUCUGUAUUUUCACUGUACAAUAUUCAAAAAGAAUACGGAUGGCAAAAUCAUGUUGGUGGCUACGCAGUACUGGGAGCUUGGACAAAUUUGAUGUUAAUGAUGGGCCAAUUGCCAAUGUUUGGCGAUUACGUGGCCAUGUAUCAAAAAGUGUUGACGGAAUUUCUCAAAUUAUUACUGGCAUACAUUUGCCUUUUACUUGGUUUUACAAUUUGUUUCUGUGUCGUAUUUCCGAACGAAGAAAUGUUUUCGAAUCCCUUAAUGGGUUUCAUCAGCACAUUAUCCAUGAUGGUCGGUGAGCUUAAUUUGAAUAUUUUAAUAAACGAUCCAAUGCUGGAAGAUCCGCCACUGAUAUCUGAACUUUCAUGCCAAAUUAUCUUCAUUCUUUUCCUUAUGUUUGUAACUAUUAUAUUAAUGAAUUUACUAGUCGGUAUAGCGGUUCACGAUAUUCAAGGAUUGCGAAAAACUGCAGGAUUAUCCAAACUUGUUCGACAAACGAAGUUGAUUUUGUUCGUUGAAAUGGGUAUGUUUAGCGCGUGGCUUCCAAAAUGUUUACACAAGUACGUGUACAGAACUGCACUUGUGUCACCGGAGGCUGGUAAAGUUAUAUUGAGCGUUAAACCUUUGAAUCCGAAUGAGAAAAGGUUACCGACAGAUAUUAUGAUGGCUGCGUACGAAAUGGCCCAAAUAAACAAAUUGAAAUCAGGAAGGUCGGUUAAAGAAAUGCUAUAUAAAAAUAGAUACGCGUCAAAGUUCAAGAACGAGGGGCAGUCGAAUGAUCAGAACUUUAAUAUUGAAAUUCGUGGUAUGCAAGAGAAAAUAGACCAGACGACGUUUAAUUUAAAGAAAAUAGAUCAAGAGAUGAAACAUUUGAAUAUAUUGUUGAUGGAACAAAGUAAUUUGUUGCAGAAUUUGUUGAAAGCGAUGGAUAAAUCAUACACGCAAUAUUCCAUAGAAUCGCCCGUUUUCUUCACUAGCAAUGUAUCUGAUGUUACUUCGGUUACUAAGUGAUAUGUUAUGUAAGACUUGUAUAUUAUUUAAUUAGGUUAAAUUAUUAUAUGCAUUUUUUUUACUAUUUUAAUAAUAUCUUAUUU